UGUGUGUUGUAUAUAAGUGUGCUUGCGUGUGUGUAUGCAGGGAACAGGGUAUGUUGGUGUGGGAGUAAACAGCGGAGAAACCAUACAUACACAUGUGAUAGACUAAUGUCAGAAUGACGGACACAUCAAUAGAUGGACUCAAAGCGACCAAACCGGAUUUAGAACCGUUGAUCUUUAAUUCAGCAGACAGACAAAAUGUCGACUAAGUUGUGGUAGCUAGAUGAUGUAGACUUUGAACUACUGUGUUGUCCCGAACUAGACCUGCUGUAUGUGUGAGUACCAGCAAUCAAUGUACGUGUUUGUCGUGAAGAAACGAAUCUCAGAACAAGCGCUGUUGAUACGGCAGUGCCGCGAACACUAUGACGGACCCUGACCAUGACGACAUGGGAACGAGAACUAGACCCGAAGACACUGAAAUCGACAUCAUACAUGCAUAUGAACUUCCUGUUGACCGUGGAUGGGCGUGGGUCAUUCUUGCUGCCACCACACUCAUCACCACACUGUACGCCGGGAUUUUCAAAAGUUUUGGGCUAUUUUACGUGGAGAUCCUGGAUGUUUAUAGCGGCAAUGUUUCUACUACCUCUUUAAUAUCAUCUCUACAGUUUGCCGUCUACUGUCUUACAACGCUUCCAAUCAUGACGUCACUGCUGCGUCAUUGCAGUAUCAGGUCUUGCCAGAUAGCUGGUAUCCUGAUUACAGCUUUGGGAUUCGGAUUGAGCUCUCUAGUACACAGCUUGGACCUACUCAUCCUCACACAGAGUAUUCUGAGUGGACUAGGAAUGGCUCUAGUGUUCCCAACAGCCAUCGUCUUAGUUGGGAAGUAUUUUAAGGGACGUGCCGGAUUGGCUAAUGGCGUCUUGAUGUCAGGGUACGCACUAGGAGGUGUUGCCCUGCCGCCGCUAAUGCGGUACAUUCUGGAUGAGUACAGACUGGAAGGGGCUCUGCUGCUGACAGCGGGUAUCAUAUUAAAUUGUCUCCCUCUCGCGUUUUUAAUACAACCAAUAGAUUUUCAUACACAACAGCAACAAAAACCAGGCAAAACAGUAACACUGGAAGGACGUAGUGAAAUAAGAGAACUUAGACUAUAUAAACCUAAGAGCGCGGUAAACCUGCCAAGCAACUGCGUCAACUCGGAGAGCAAUAAUGGUUAUUCGACAGAGUUUAGUGACGGUCAUCACAUGCACCAGAUGAGGGCCCUACUGUCGGAUUACAAUACCGAUCUAAACAUUGCAAGUGCUUCAGCUCCAAAUCUCUCCUCACCUAAAAAUGUAACAAAUCAUACUUUUACAAAAGAUCAAAAUACCAGCGAUAGUCAGAUAGACACAAUAGCAAUCAAAUGUAACGUUGUGUAUUCAGAGCCACGUAUUUUCAAAUACCUUAGUACAGGUGAACUCGCAUAUCUAUCACAGGAGUUAGGAUGGAAUGCGUCAAGCGAUCACAAUUCGUCAAAUUCAUUUCGUGAGCUGAGUAUAAUAAAACGUGCAAUUAAUCAUUGUAAAUCUUGGCAAAUGUGCAGCCCAAAAUUGUGGAGGAAUAAGGACUUUUUAAUGCUUAUUCCAAUCUAUUGUUUUGCAAGUGUGGGUGGAGAAACAUCUCAUCUAUUUAUACCAUCUUUUGCGAAGGACAGGGGAGUGGAAAGCUCCAGGAUAGCUGCUCUGGUUUCCAUUCAGUUUAUGUGCGACUUUUCUGGGCGGAUCUUAAGUGGCUAUAUUGCAGACCUACCAAGGGUCAGACGACCGCAGAUUGUGAUGGCUUCCCAAUUGAUAGCCGGUCUCAUCAUGCAAAUGACACCAUUGUUCCAAGUCUUCUGGUCACUAGUUAUUUUCUCAGUUGGCUAUGGACUUACGGCGGGGAUCAUAUUUGUUUUGUUCCCACCGAUUCUGUCGGCCGCCGUUGGUCAAGAAAUGUUUCCAACGAGCAUGGCGGUCAUGAUUCUUAUAAAGGGUUGUUUUGUCAGUGGAAUAAUUCCUUUUCUAGGUUAUCUCCGAGACAGCACGAACAACUACCAUGCCACAUUCCAUUUAAUUGGUGCUACUUCAUUGACAACUGUCUUGUUUUUAGGACUGUUUGAUAAAGUGGCUGCACAACAUACCAAGGGAAGUUCUACCACCACUAACAGAGAUGUGUAAAUUACUUUUUGUUGAUUAUAGAAAGGCAUUUGAUUUCGUGAAUCGUCAAAAAUUAUUGUACAAAUUAUUAAGAGAAGGUAUUGAUGGUAAAAUGUAAACUAUAAUAAGAUCUGUAUAUGAAACAGUUUAGUGUUGUGUGAAGUAUGAAGGAAAAUUGUCAAACUUCUUCACUUGUAAAACGGAUUAUUCCAGGGAGAAAUUCUGUCGCCAAUUUUAUUUUUCUUAUAUGUAAAUGAUUGGCAAAUGCACUUUUUAUAAGAAAAUUGUCCAUCUAAUAAUGUACGCUGAUGACAUAGUCAUUGUAGCAGAAACUCCUGAAGGUCUUCAAAAGAUGCUAGAUUCUCUUUUAUAUUAUACUAACAAUUGGGAUUUAGGACGGGUCACAGUACCAUAGAUAAUAUCUUUAUUUUAAAUGGAGUUAUCUCUCAUCUUUUUCAUUUAAAAAAUAGUCUACAUUGUGCAUUUAUUGAUUUCUUAAAAAACAUUGAUUAUGUUGUAAGGGCAAUUUGUAGCUUAAACUAAUAAAAGUUGGCGUUAAGGGUAACAUGCUUGAUAUAAUUAAAGCUUCGUAUAGGUCUGUCAAAUCAAGGCUAAACGUAGAUAAUGAAAUUUCAGAAAGCUUUCAAUGCAUUACCAGGGUUCGUCAAGGUGAAAGUUUGUCUCCUUAUUUAUUUGUUAUGUAUAUAAAUGAUUUAGAAAAUGAAUUUAUAUUGAAUGGUUUUGAUGGUAUAGCAAUUGAUUAUUGAAAACUGUAUUUAGGUCCAUACGCGGAUGACAUCACAUUUUUUCCCGAGUCUAUACAGUUACAGCACGGAUUAGACAUACUGAAAGAGUAUUGUAACACAUGAAAAUUAAAACUGAAUGUAAAUAAAACUAAGGUUAUGAUAUUCAGAAAAGGUGGAAGGGUCCCAAGUGACGUUAGAUUUUUUAAUGACGGUGGAGAAAUUGAGAUAGUGAAUAGGUUUUCGUUUUUGGGCAUUGUUUUUACAUCGGGGGGUUCAUAUUGUGAGGCUCAAAAAACUCUGGCUGGCCAAGCUGCUAAAUCUAUAUUCAAAAUGGAAAAAUACUUUUGCUAAUUUAUCGCCCAAACAUAUAUGUGAUUUAUUUGAUAAAUUGGUAAUGCCCGUGCUUUGCUAUGGAAGCGAGGUAUGGGGCUUCCAUUUGGCUGAGGAUAUUGAACGUGUACACCUUAAAUUCUGUAAAAGAUUAUUAUAUGCAAAGCCCGCAACACAAAAUAAUUUUGUUUAUGGUUAACUAGGUCGUUUUCCAUUAAAAAUAACAAGAUAUUGCAGAAUAAUAAAAUAAUGGCUGAGGAUAGUAUGCGAUUCAACAAUCGAUCUUGUUAGAUCAGUAUAUAACAUUUUGUAUCAGGAUACUAAACAGUUUUCCAAACAAAAUUGGGCUAAUGCGGUAAAAGAACUUAUUUUUACUAAUGGUUUUGGAUACGUUUUGUACAUGCAGUCUGUA